AUGAAGGUCUCUGCAGCACUUCUGUGUCUGCUACUCACAGCAGCUGCCUUCAGCACCCAGGUGCUGGCUCAGCCAAAUUCAGUUUCCAUCCCAAUCACUUGCUGCUUUAUUGUGAUCAGUAAGAAGAUCCCCUUCAAGAAGCUGGACAGCUACACAAGAAUCACCAACAGCUGGUGUCCCCAGGAAGCUGUGAUCUUCAGAACCAAACUGGCCAAGGACAUCGGUGAACCCAAGGAGAAAUGGGUCUGGAAUUACAUGAAACACCUGGGUCAGAAACCUCACACCCUGAAGACUUGGACUCUUUCGGCCACACUAAGACCAAGCCAGAGGCUGAGAAAUGAUUCUUCUCCCCCAGGCUUCCUGUCUCUAUCCUGGACUAAAUUGACCUGAAUUUUCAAAUAGAGUGCUUUCUGUUUCCUGAUGCAAAAUAUACUAUGUCUUACGUAAUAUUUAGUCUAUUAUUUGAAUUGUGGCUGGUUGGGGAGUUAUUUUGAAUAUUGGUGAUCUCUUUUUUUAAAGCAAGACCUUGAGCCACUUGGUUCCCGUCAUGAGCCCCAGUUCCCUCUCCUGUAAGCUGUGGGCAGUGGGUCUUUCUCCUGCCCAACUCCCCAGGGGUGAUGAGCAUGCCUAUGAGAGCCAUGGCGAUGAAGGGCUACUGCAAUCUAGGGAGGACAGCGCCUGGUGAACGUGAGGUGUUGCUAAAUGUGUUAUUAUGGAAACAUGAAUGCAACUGUAGGAUGGCUGAC